AUGGCUUCUUUAAAUGAUAAUAAUAAGGAUUCCCAAGGGAGUCAAUUAAUAGAUUUAAAUGGCUCAGAAAAGAAUGACUAUAUAGGCUAUAUGUCACAUUUGCAGAAUAGUGCAGCUCAGUUGAGAUAUGAAAAUAAUAUUUUAAAGAAUGAUAAUGCAAAUUUAGUAUCUAAGUUGGACAGAGCUGUGAGUAAGAGUAGAAAUGGAGUAGAAAUACCAGAGAAAGCAACAACGGCAGAGAUUGCUGAGGCAUUUGAAAAAUUAAAUGAAGAGAAUUGCCGACUUAAGAGGGAAAUGGAGCGUUUAAUUCGUUCAAAUACUAGACUAAGAGUUGCAAUGCAAAAUAGGGAUCCUAGCUUAAUUCCCCCAGAAGAACAAGAUAAAAGUUAUUUCAUUAGCUCUGAAGAAUCUGGAACAAGACUCUGUCAAUGUGAAUAUAUUCUUAACGAGAUUCUAGAAGCGGUUUCUUAUAAAUUAGAAACUUAUGAAAAACAUAUUUGGGAACAUAGAUUGGCUACCUUAACAAACGAAAGAGACGAAAUUGCCGUUCAAAAUAUUUCGCUUGUUGAUAGGCUCGCUGAGAUCGAAGCAAUUAUCAAAGUGGAUCACGUCCUGGCAGAAAGAUUUAAUGUUCCUUUAGAAGGUUGUGAUGAAAAGAACCAAAUUUUAACACUGCAUCGCAAGUUGGGUUUUGCAUUGGAUGUAAACCAGCAACUCGAAAGAAGGUUAGCUUUCGAAACUCAAUUAUCAAGAUCAUGGCAAAGCAACAUGCACACAAUUGUCAGUGAGUCAAAUGGCUGUGAGAUAUUUAGGAGUAUAAGCUCUUCAGACCAAACCAAUAAUAUAGGUGCUGGAGGUAUUGUAGAGGCUCCUGGCUAUAGAAAAGCUGACAGAGAAAGCUUAAAGUUACUAAGGUUGGCAAAACAAAGAAUUGAAGCUGAUACAAAGAGACUAGAAACAUGUAAUAAAAGAAUUAUAGAAUUAGAAAAUGAAGUUGCAUCUUUAAGGGUACGUAAUCAUUCAUAUAUAUAUAUGGAAGGGGCAAUCAAUCAUGAUACUGCAAGCAAAGAAAUAAUGAAAAAUAUUUUACCUCCACCAAAAAUGUCCGCUCAGGACUUAACUGGAGGCUUAAUAAGAUCAUUUUCAAAAGCUCGAAAUGAUAAUAAUUUGUUUUCUGUUAACAACGAAGGAAUAUUGAAUGUCAAGUUAGAUAAGAUUUACGAAUCAAAAGAUGGUGACGAUCAUCCAGAGGAGAAUCAGGGAGCAACCGAAUGUGAGGUUAAUGGAAAGACGAGUAGUGUUUCUAAAGAAAAAGACAAAAGUUCUUAUGAAAUUCAAGAUCUUGAAGAAGGAAGUGUUACUCAUAGAAGUCAUCACAACAGUCAUCGUUCUCAUAGCCAAAGCCGACCUUUAACUCAUAGAAGCCACAAAUCUGCCUCAUCUAAUGAUAAUCAUUCUAAAACAUCAAAAACUCAUUCAUAG